CACAUCCUGCUUCAAAACAUCACCACGCACCUGAGCAUCUGCCUCCGUAAUCUAUUCCGCGGUUUCUCCAAGUUUCGUCUAGCCAACUUGCUUAAUCACUCUGUUUGAACAAGGCUACUCAAACGACCACGUGACUCAUCAUCAUUAGGUUAUCUUUUGCUACAUUCUCCUCAUAAAGUUGUCUUGGGUUCUCACUUGGGGGUCGUUUCCGGGUUCCUUUAAAUACAUCUUUGAUCAGCGAUGUCCUCAUGGCAAAUCUUCAAUUAAAAGGACCUCGCAAUGAAGAUACAGGCCCGGUUAAGUACUUUUCCACAUUCCUGCGCUCCAGUGGUGAGGAGGCUGACGGACUUCUCGUCACUUUCCAACUUGGGGACCAGCUACGACGUUGUUUCACGGACAAGAACGUGAGUAUAGAGGGCGUCUAUGAUCCAAUAUUCUCUACCUGUACUGAUACAAAGAAAAUCGGGGACAAUCCGUGCCCUGGACUCUCAAUUCCUCCCGCAUCAAAUGCGAAUAAUACACCUGCUUCAUUAAUAGGGCCAUCGCUAAACGGCUUGAACGCAGCCCCAGUACAAGCAAGGGAAGAAGUGGAUACCGACAGUGACAUUGAAAUUAUAGAAGUUAGGCCCGCACAGCGCAUGCGGCCGGUGCAUAGUUCCGGCACCACUUGGGGCAGCACCAGUUCAUUUCAGAUCCGUCUGAGCGAUACGACAGGGUCAGACACGGAUGGUAAUUCUUCAAGUGAGCUCUCGGCACUUGACUCCCAAAUCAACCAGGUGCUCUCGCCUAAUCUCACGAUCUCAUCCCAAAAGCCGUAUUUUCAGCGACACACCACGCAGCCCAUCGAGCGAUCAGUGAAGAAUAUGCCGCCCAUACACAGUUUACUACCUGAGUUUUUCAAGCCACACGCAACAGUAAAGGGUCCACCCCCACCAGGAUACAGAAACAUUCCGCCCAAUUUGGUAUAUGCCAUAAAUAGGGAAUUGAACAUUUGGAUGGAAACGCCCUCGGACGAUGACAUAGAGAUGGUGGAAAAAUUAGUCUUCACUUUAAAGGAUCCCAUAGUCAAGACCAAAAUCAAACUCCCAAUUAAAGCGACCACGUGCCGGCACUUUGAGUGCUUCGAUUUUCAAACAUUUUGCGAGUUCCACGGCCUCAAGCCUGGAGUGAAAUCACUUUUGAAAAGCACUCUUGUCCAGCAAUCGAGAGAGGCAAGAGCAGCGGAAAACUUAUUUUUGAGGCAGCAGCAGAGGAUCGCGGCUAAGACACUCAGCUCUGACGCGCCCGAAAUCUUGUUCCCGUUCUUCUCGGAGCAUGGGCAGAUGUUCUUCACAGAGCUCUACAACAGAACACCUCCCCUUUACAAGUGCCCCUUGUGUGACGAAAAGUUUGGUCUCAAGCAGCUAUAUAUCAGCGAUAUCUUCAAUUUUUUUGUGAAGACCACGCCGCUGCACAUAACAAAAGUUCAGCUUGAGGGCGCCCGAUUUAAAAUCGUUGAGGACGACAAGUUGGAGAGCACGAAAGAAGAGGCGGAGAUUGUAGAUUUAUCUGAAGAAGACGAAGAAGAAGAAGAAGAAGAAGACAAGGAAGAAAGUGACAAAGAAAAAGAAGACAAAGAAGAAAGAGACGAAAGAGACGAAGGCGAAAAAGAGAAUUCAAAAGAACAAGAAAAAGACACUGGAGUCAAAGAACAAACUGGGAAUACAGAGAAUAGUGGUGUCGGAAUCGAAAGCAUGGCUUCAAAAAUUGGAACGUUAGAUACUGGAGAUACCGAGAAAGCGGACAGAUCGACGACUGCCGACGAUUUCAACGAUGGUCUAGAUGAAGUCUUAAUGACCAUGAGCAAAGGUGAUGGAAGCUGGAGCCAUCCUGUAACAUUAGACUAACCCCACUGACGACUAUGCGAUGACGCGUGCUGAUACGUUGUAUUAUGAAACUGAUCUUACUUAUCAAUAUUGAUUGCGCUAAACAAGAAUUUCAGGUCAUAUGUAACCACGCUAUAUGUCAGAUGAAUCUCGAGAAGAGACCAUCAUAUAUUAUUGCUUAUAUUUGGGAUAUACUCCUCGAAUGUCUCCACCGAAGAAAUGAGCUCUAGGCUCUAUCAUUUAUCAGAGUCUCCACCCUCUGCCUGCCUAUCAUGGAGCCAAGGUGCGUGAGCCCAGCUGUACAUGCAGGUACGCGGGAAGCCCCGAGUCACGUGGCAUCAUUCUUGACGUAAUUUGAUG